AUGAAUCUAAAAGAUGUGGAAGAUUUUCUCGCCUUCACUGAGUUUGGUAGCAUUCUAUACAUGCCUCAAUUUGAAGAUAUCAAGCAUCUGGUCAUUGUCGAUAUUUAUGGAUUCACUCAGUUCACAGAUUGCAUUGAUGUUGUGAACAGUUUAAUGGAAAUACUGACAUCAUUUGUAAUGAUUGCUAAAAUAAAGAGUGAGAAAUCUAUUCUCAUUGAUGAUGCACCCCUUGAGCCUGGUGUGUACUACUAUAUUCCUUCAGCUAAAAGUGGUGAUAACUACCCCCUCUCAGAGAAUGAUGAUAAAUGUGCUUUCCUUGAAGUAGCGAGCGUUAAUUUUCUGGCCAACUUUCAAGCAUGCAUCAGUCAAGGAGUAAUGAAGGAGAAUGACGAUGUUCUUCUUUGUCCCAUUCAAUAUUCAAACAUCUCACAAUUCGAGUUUAAAUCUAAGGGCAAUACUCCUGGUGUUCGAAUCGAUCUGAUUUACGAAGGACAGAAAUCCAGGCUCGUAGUACGACACGAUAUUAACGCCUCCACAUUUGAGUCUGUAGUUGAUGCGUGUACAAAAGUUCUUUAUGCUUUCUGUCACUGCUUGGGUAGAAGAGCUAAUACAAUUCGAGACUUGAGACAUGAAGUUACAAUUCCAUGCGGUCUUGAGGAUAAACGACACACACUCUACUGCAAUAAAGAGCUUGAGGAAUGUAGCUGUCUGGAGGCAAUCGAUCAAAAUAGCUUUAGAUCAUGUUGGGUUGGAGCAGCGAAAAAGUGUAGAGAAUUGAAGCACAGUGCUGAUAAAAUAGCUGAUAAAGGUGAUCCUAUAGGAUCUAACACAAUUAUUGAAGUUGGAGAAUGGCUUGAAAAAUCUGAUAUAGAUGCAUCUAGACUUGCUGAAGUACUACAAACUGAAGCACCUCCAGAUCUUAGUGACAAAAAGAAAGCUGCCAUGAUAAUCCUGUUGGCUUGGGAGGAGAAAUGUGAUAACACUUCUCUUCUGGAAGAAAAAUUGGAGGAAAUAGGAAUGACACAACCCCACAAGUAGCACUAUACUAAAUUAUAGUAUAAACUCAUGCAUGUGUGUGAACUAAAAAAUAGAUACAGAUUUUAUUUAUAAAGCAAUUUUCAAAUUUUUAAUAAUAUUUUAUAGCAACCAUUAAAGUUAUCUGGGUCACUACUGAUCAUACUGUGAAUAAACAACACCUAUGGAGAUAAUAAUAAUAAUGAUUGAGUUAAUAGAAGCAUGUUUUGUAGCAAAACACAACAGUUUCUCAUAGCAGUAGCAGAUGCAAGAUCCCUAGAAACCAACUUUUAAAUUGAUCAAUACUUAUGCAUACCAAUGAAAAU